GGACAGGGUGGGGUCAAAGCACGAUGGCCUCCCAGUUCCUCCUGCCUCUAGGUUCCUCUUUCCCUGCUGACUCCAGGAGCAGAUCAACCCAGAUAAAGCGUGACCUCCUCUCUGGUAGAGGUGCAGGGGGCAGUACUCAACAUGAUCACAGAGGGAGCGCAGGUCCCUUGCUUGCUGCUGCCGCCGCUGCUGCUGCUGCUGCUCACCCUGCCAGCCACAGGCUCAGACCCCGUGUUCUGCUUCACCCAGUAUGAAGAAUCCUCCAGCAAGUGCAAGGGCCUCCUGGGGGGUGGUGUCAGCGUGAAAGACUGCUGUCUCAACACUGCCUAUGCCUACCAGGAACGUAAUGGCGGGCUCUGUCAGCCUUGCAGGUCCCCACGAUGGUCCCUGUGGUCCGCAUGGGCCCCCUGUUCGGUGACAUGCUCUGAGGGCUCCCAGCUGCGGUACCGGCGCUGUGUGGGCUGGAACGGGCAGUGCUCUGAGAAUGUGGCACUUGGGACCCUGGAGUGGCAGCUCCAGGCCUGUGAGGACCAGCAGUGCUGUCCUGAGAUGGGCGGCUGGUCUGACUGGGGGCCCUGGGAGCCUUGCUCUGUCACCUGCUCCAAAGGGAUGCGAACCCGCAGACGAGCCUGUGAUCACCCUGCCCCCAAGUGUGGGGGCCACUGCCCGGGAGAGGCACAGGAAUCAGAGGCCUGUGACACCCAGAAGGUCUGCCCCACACAUGGGGCCUGGGCCGCCUGGGGUCCCUGGAACCCCUGCUCAGGAUCCUGCCACGGUGGACCCCACGAACCUAAGGAGACACGAAGCCGCACGUGUUCUGCACCUGAGCCUUCCCAGAAGCCUCCUGGGAAGCCCUGCCCGGGGCUAGCCUAUGAGCAGCGGAGGUGCACCGGCCUGCCGCCUUGCCCAGUGGCUGGGGGCUGGGGACCUUGGGGCCCUGUGAGCCCCUGCCCUGUGACCUGUGGCCUGGGCCAGACCAUGGAACGACGGACGUGCGAUCACCCUGUGCCCCAGCAUGGAGGCCCCUCCUGUGCUGGUGAUGCCACCCGGACCCACAUCUGCAACACGGCCGUGCCCUGCCCUGUGGAUGGAGAGUGGGACUUGUGGGGGCCGUGGAGCACAUGUGUCCGCCGGAACAUGAAAUCCAUCAGCUGUGAAGAAAUCCCGGGCCAGCAGUCACGCUGGAGGACCUGCAGGGGCCGCAAGUUUGACGGACAUCGAUGUGCCGGGCACCAACAGGAUAUUCGGCACUGCUACAGCAUCCAGCACUGCCCCUUGAAAGGAUCAUGGUCAGAGUGGAGUACUUGGGGGCUGUGCAUGCCCCCCUGUGGACCUAAUCCUACCCGUGCCCGCCAGCGCCUCUGCACACCCUUGCUCCCCAAGUACCCGCCCACCGUUUCCAUGGUCGAAGGUCAGGGCGAGAAGAACGUGACCUUCUGGGGGAGACCACUGCCACGGUGUGAGGAGCUACAGGGGCAGAAGCUGGUGGUGGAGGAGAAACGACCAUGUCUACACGUGCCUGCUUGCAAAGACCCUGAGGAAGAGGAACUCUAACACCUCUCUCCUCCACUCUGAGCACCCUGAUCUUCCAAACCUCAAUAAACUAACCUCUUCGA